AUGCCUGGAGAUACCCUGAUCACCUCAGAGAACGACACUGACAUUGAUCUGGAUUUUGCAGGUGAUGGAGAUUUUCAAGAAAAUCAUGAGAGGGAAAAACACAAAGGGAAGAGAAGAAAUGGUGACGGACAAAAAAACAAGAGGGAAAAUCAGAGAAGAAAAAGAUCUUCCAAGUCGGUGCAAGGAAUAAGAGAGGAAUCUCAAUCCAAGACAGAGAGAGGAGAGAGGGGUAGGAGGCGAAGAGGAAAAGAUGAACAUGAAACAAGUGGACAUGAGGGGAAUGAAGGGAAGCGGGAUCCAACCAGGGCCAAGACAACAAAAUCAAAGAAGAACAUCAAAAAUGAGAAAACAAGAAAGCUGGAGGGGAAGGAGGACAGAGAAGGUCAGGAAAAAGGUGAAAAGGGAAAACUGAAACUUGUAUGUGCCAAAAAUGAGGAGAAAAUAGAAAGUGGAGAUCAACUUAAGGAGAAAGAAAAAGCACUUGGAAUGAAGAAGAAGAAAAAGAGCAAAAAAGUUGUUGAAACGAGUUCAGAGCCAGAGACGAGUGGGGAAGGUGAUGAUGAGGAGGAAGAGGUCAAUAAUGAUGGAGAGGUGAGGCCUGAGUUACUGUCGCCGGAGGAGUUGGAGAAGUUGAAGGAGGCAGUGGAGGAGAAGAAGAAGCUGAUCCAAAGUCUGAGGGGGAAGCCCUGGCCAAUGAGACAGAAGCUUGUCACUUUACGAGAGUCUCAGCUAUUUGUGGAGAAAUAUGAGGGCGCUUUGGGGAAAGGGAAAGGCAGGAAACUCUAUGCAUACAAGGUCAUGAUGACAAAGAAGUGGAUGAAGUUUCAAAGAGACUUUGAGAACUUCAAAACAGCCUGCAUUCCAUGGGAGAUGAAAAUAAAAGAGAUUGAAAGUCAUUUUGGCUCCUCAGUUGCCUCAUACUUCAUCUUCUUACGGUGGAUGUACGGCAUCAACAUGAUCCUGUUUGGUUUGACCUUCGGCCUGGUUAUGGUACCAGAGGCAUUAAUGGGGAGGCCCUACGGCAGCAUCCCGAGAAAGACUGUCCCCAGAGCGGAGGAAGCGGGUGCCAUGGACUUUGCUGUCCUUUGGGACUUUGGAGGUUACGCUCAGUAUUCGGUCCUCUUCUACGGUUACUAUAACAAUCAGCGUGCUAUUGGCUGGUUCAAGUUUCGUAUGCCUUUGUCGUACUUCCUAGUCGGUGUGGGCACAGUGGCCUACAGCUAUAUGGUUGUCAUACGGACGAUGGCGCGUAACGCAAACGAGUCAGGGAUUGGAGAUGACAACAGCUUCAAUUUCAGCUGGAAGAUGUUCACAAGCUGGGACUACCUGAUAGGAAACCCUGAGACAGCAGACAACAAGUUUGCCUCCAUCACCACCAGUUUCAAGGAAGCAAUCUUGGAGGAGCAAGAGAGCCGAAAGGACGACAACAUCCAUCUGACUCGUUUCCUGCGCGUGUUGGCCAAUUUCCUGGUGUUGUGCUGCUUGGCAGGAAGUGGAUACCUCAUUUACUUUGUGGUGCGUAGGUCUCAGAAGUUUGCCCUGGAUGGUCUGGAGAAUCACACCUGGUGGGAAAGAAAUGAGGUGAAUAUGGUCAUGUCGUUACUGGGAAUGUUUUGCCCCAUGCUGUUCGACGUCAUCAGCACUCUGGAGAACUACCACCCCCGUGUCGCCCUGCAGUGGCAGCUGGGUCGCAUCUUUGCCCUUUUCCUGGGAAACCUCUACACCUUCAUUAUCGCGCUGAUGGAUGCGAUCAAUCUUAAAAGGAAAGAGGAGAAAGUAGUAAAGUUUAACAUUACAAUGUGGGAAGCAAGUCUUUAUAACGGCACAGGGUCAGAGAACAGCACUGCUCCACCCAUCACCAUCCACCCUGCUGAUGUGCCAAGAGGGCCCUGCUGGGAGACGAUGGUGGGGCAGGAGUUUGUUCGUCUGAUUAUAUCUGACACAAUGACGACUUACAUUACGCUGCUGAUUGGAGAUUUCCUGAGAGCUGUGCUUGUUCGUUUUCUGAACCACUGCUGGUGUUGGGACCUGGAGGCUGGAUUUCCUUCGUACUCUGAGUUUGAUGUCAGUGGAAAUGUCCUGGGGCUUAUCUUCAACCAAGGCAUGAUAUGGAUGGGUGCCUUCUAUGCCCCCUGUCUGCCAGCUCUGAACCUCCUGCGGCUCCAUGUGUCCAUGUACCUGCAGUGUUGGGCUGUGAUGUGCUGCAAUGUUCCACAGGAACGGGUCUUUAAAGCCUCGGGCUCCAACAACUUCUACAUGGCCAUGUUGCUGGUCAUCCUCUUCCUGUCCACUCUUCCGGCCAUUUACACCAUUGUAACCAUCCCCCCUUCAUUUGACUGUGGACCUUUCAGUGGCAAGAACAGGAUGUUUGAUGUGAUCCAAGAGACGCUGGAGUCCGACUUCCCGGCCUGGUUCAGUAAAGUGUUCAGCUAUGCAUCUAACCCUGGGCUGGUGCUACCUUUCAUAUUGCUCAUGGUACUGGCCAUUUAUUACUUACAGUCCACAUCCAAAAGCUACAAAGAAGCAAAUGUGGAACUGAAGAAGAAACUACAGACGCAAAAUGAAGAAAACAAGAAAAAGAAUAAACAAGCUGCACUGAAAGCUCAGACGGAUCUGGAGGAGGCCAGAAAAUCAGCAUCUCAGGCUGCAGAGCAUCAAAGGGACACCGAUGCUUCAGGUCAAAGACGAGAGGAUGAUGAAGAAAUCUACAACAAAAAUCAGAGGAUGUAUCAUGGGCGCAACCCUUCUCCGUCUGUUGGUGACAGAGAACCACACUUCCCAGUGAGAGGCCCUGGUCCCAGAAAUUGCCAUAAUGGCAACCAAGGGAACUCAAGAUACCUGCCUGGUUUCCAUCAGCAAAGUGAGCCCAGGGUGUACAGGGUGCCGAGUCUGGAGAGACACUGAGAGAACAAAGACAGAAGCUGUAGCCAAGUAACUUAUUUACCUGGGGACUGGAAAAAGAAAACACUUAA